CAAAACUCAGAUAGUUUCCGACAUCAUUUCUAUCAUGAAGUCUCUAAUCAUUUUCGGAAUAUUGGCUGCGUUAUCUGUUGGUGGCCAAUGUUUUACACAUCCAAGUGAUCGAUUGUUGCCGCCUUUGGAAGUAGAGCCGUCACCAUCGAGUCAUGAAAUCAGAACUUUCUUGACACGAGUCGAUCACUUCCGACCGCAAGAUUCUCGAGUGACACGAUUUACUUAUACCCAAAAAGCAGAUCAUUUUCGUGUGGGAGGACCAAUCUACUAUUACAUCAACGAUGGUGGACUGUUCACAACUGUAUGGUUGGAUCAGGGACUUAUGCAUGACAUUGCUAUGGAACAAGGUGCUCUGUUGAUAACGUCUGGCCAUCGCUACUUCCAGAAUAAUACUCCCACUGCGUCGGCCAGUUUCGAAGAUCUCGAGCAUCUUACAUUAGAACAGAGUAUGGCUGAUAUUGCCACACUUAUCAGUCUUGUUCGCUCAGAGUAUCCAUACUCGAAUAGAGUAAUUCUAUGGGGAUCAGGAUAUGGUGGUACACUGGCUGUCAUGGCUAGACAAAAAUAUCCUCAUUUGAUUGAUGGAGUUUGGUCAUCCAGCGGAAUAUUUUCACCUGAUGUUUACCUGACCGAUACGUUUUUGCACAUGGAAAGUGUAAUUAAGGACAUUGGCGGGGAGGAGUGCGGUGAUCGUGUGAGAGAGGCUUUUGAUGAAAUGGAAAAUAUGAUCUAUGGAGGAAGGGGCGAAGAGUUGGGCGACAUGAUGAAUCAUUGUGGUCCCGUGAAUGUGACAUCAGAUCUUAGCGUUGCGGCAUUUAUACAACAUCAGAUUGAAUUUUUCAAUCAAUACUUUAAUGUUCACCACUACAACGGAUUGUUACAAUUAUGUCGGGAAAUCGGCGAUGUUAACACACCUGCACUAGACGCAUGGGCCGAUUGGGUUGAGCGAACAUUCACUGGAUUCGAUUGCUUCAAUUUCGGAUAUUAUGACAGAGUUGAACUAGCUAGCAACAUUGAAUGGAAUCAGCCGGGAACUGAUAAUGGAGUCCGUCAAUGGUAUUACUAUAAAUGCACACAGCUUGGCUUAUGGGAGACAACGUCACCAUUCAGUGAUCUAUUCCCUCAUCAUGUUAGGGACACAUACCAUUAUUACAUGUGUAACGAUGUACUCGGAGAGAAUUACGAUGCAGCCCUGCUGUUUGACAGCGUCGAAGCAUUGAGAAUUAUAUAUGGUGACAUUAAUCCCGGAGUAACGAAUGUCGUUUACACAAAUGGCGAAAUGGAUAUGUGGUUCCCAAGAGGCAUGCAAACUAGCUAUCCCGGAGGAGAAGUUAUCAACAUUCCAUUCUAUGCAAAGUCCGCUGACCUAAGGUCAAUAUCUGAGUUUGAUGGUGCUGCCUUAAGGAAUGCCAAACAACGCAUUCAGGAGCUGGUCACUGAAUGGGGACAAUAUUAAUUGAUUUGCAGAAAUGAA